CCUGUGGGUUCCUUUGCUGAGCACGCUGCGGUCUUCCCAGCAUUCUGGGUGAAACUGCAGAGAGGUGGAAAUCCCUCCUGGUGUCUGUGCUGCUGACACUGUGCCCCCCGUGGCUCCAACGCAUGCUGAUCUGAGAUGUCCCUGAAGCGCGAGGGCCAUGCAGCUGCUUCAGCGCUGAAGAGGAUCGCUGCAGACAUGAGCAACAUCAUCGAGAGCCUGGACACCCGCGAGCUGCACGUCGACGGGGAGGAGGUCGACUCAGAGGUGCUGAGCGAUCCCAAAGGUGCCGCGUGCAUCCCCUUCUCUGCCAUCUAUCACACCCGUGGAUUCAAGGAGCCGGGCACGCAGACCUACCUGAUGGGAUGCCCCGUGCGUGUGCGUGUGCUGGAGGUGGAGCGCUUCACUUCCACCAAGAAGGUCCCAAGCCUCAACGUGUACACCAUCGAGCUGACCCACGGGGAGUUCACAUGGCACGUGAAAAGGAAGUUCAGGCACUUCCAGGAGUUCCACCGGGAGCUGCUGCGCUACAAAGCCUUCGUGCGCAUCCCCAUCCCCACCAGGAGCCACACGGUGAGAAGACAAUCCAUCAAGAGGGGAGAGCCUCGGCAGAUGCCCAGCCUUCCACACACAGCUGAGAGCACGGUGCGGGAGGAGCAUUUCUCCAGCCGCAGGAAACAGCUGGAAGAUUACCUGACAAAGAUCCUAAAAAUGCCCAUGUACAGGAAUUACCAUGGAACGAUGGAGUUCAUUGGAGUAAGUCAGCUGUCAUUCAUCCAUGACCUGGGACCAAAGGGCAUGGAAGGGCUGGUGAUGAAACGCUCCGGGGGCCACCGCAUACCUGGCCUGAACUGCUGUGGCCAGGGCAGGAUGUGCUACCGCUGGUCCAAGAGGUGGCUGGUGGUGAAGGACUCAUUCCUGCUCUACAUGAAGCCGGACUCAGGGGCCAUUUCCUUCGUCCUGUUGGUGGAUAAGGAAUUCAGCAUCAAGAUAGGCCAGAAAGAAACAGAAACAAAGUACGGCUUGCAGAUAGACAAUCUCUCUAGGUCACUGAUUUUGAAGUGCACCAGCUACAGGCAUGCCCAGUGGUGGAGGCAGGGAAUAGAUGAGUUCAUUCGGAAACACGGCAAGGACUUCCUCACCGAGCACCGCUUUGGGUCGUACGCAGCCGUGCAGGAGAACACACUGGCCAAGUGGUAUGUAAAUGCUAAGUGGUACUUUGAAGAUGUUGCGAAUGCCAUGGAAGCUGCUAAAGAAGAAAUUUUCAUCACAGAUUGGUGGCUGAGCCCAGAAAUCUUCAUGAAGCGGCCCGUUGUUGAAGGGAAUCGCUGGCGGCUGGACUGCAUUCUCAAGCGGAAAGCUCAACAAGGUGUGCGAAUUUUUGUAAUACUGUACAAAGAGGUGGAGCUGGCCUUAGGGAUCAACAGUGAAUAUAGCAAGCGGACACUCAUGCAUCUCCAUCCAAACAUCAAGGUGAUGAGACACCCGGACCACGUGUCCUCCUCCGUGUACCUCUGGGCUCACCAUGAGAAGCUCGUCAUUGUGGACCAGUCGGUGGCCUUUGUGGGUGGCAUCGACUUGGCAUACGGCAGGUGGGAUGACGACGAGCAUCGUCUGACCGACGUGGGCAGCGUGAAGCGAAUGGGGGCCAUCAAGUCAGUGUCAAUGGCCAACCUGGCAUCUGCAGCAGAGUCGUCUGAACACAGCCCCCUGCAGUCUCAAGCUUCAUCACCAGAAAGCCAUUUGUUCCAGAAGAAUGCUGAUGAUAUCCCAGACAUAUCAAAAAUGAAAGGGAUAGGAAAACCCAGGAAGUUUUCAAGGUUCACUAUUUACAAGCAUCUCCAUAGACAUGGCAUGCAUCAUGCUGACAGCGUCAGCAGCAUAGACAGUGAAUCAAAUAAAGGAUCCAUUCGCAGCUUGAAGACAGGUGUGGGAGAGCUGCUUGGGGAAACCAGGUUCUGGCAUGGGAAAGACUAUUGCAACUUCGUCUUUAAAGACUGGGUUCAGCUUGACAAACCUUUUGCUGACUUCAUUGACAGAUACACCACCCCUAGGAUGCCCUGGCAUGACAUCUCCUCUGUGGUGCAUGGCAAAGCAGCACGCGAUGUGGCCCGGCACUUCAUCCAGCGCUGGAACUUCACCAAGAUCAUGAAGCCCAAAUACCGUUCCCUGUCCUACCCAUUCCUCUUGCCAAAAUCUCAGCAAACUGCUAAUGAGUUGAAGUAUCAGGUGCCUGAUGCAGUUCAUGCCACAGUCCAGGUGAUCCGCUCUGCUGCAGACUGGUCGGCUGGCAUCAAGUACCAUGAGGAGUCCAUCCACGCCGCCUACAUCAGCGUGAUAGAGAACAGCAAGCACUACAUCUACAUCGAGAACCAGUUUUUUAUUAGCUGUGCUGACGACAAGGUUGUCUGGAACAAGAUCGGCAAUGCAAUUGCUCAGAGGAUUCUUAAAGCUCACAGGGAAAACAAGCGUUACCGAGUGUACGUGGUGAUCCCACUGCUGCCUGGCUUCGAGGGUGACAUCUCGACAGGCGGGGGCAAUGCGCUGCAGGCCAUCAUGCACUUCAACUACAGGACCAUGUGCCGAGGAGAGAAUUCAAUCCUGAGCCAGCUGAAGUCAGAAGUUGGAGAUAAGUGGAUCAAUUACAUUUCCUUCUGUGGGCUCCGAACGUAUGCAGAGUUGGAAGGAAAACUGGUCACUGAGCUCAUCUAUGUCCACAGCAAGCUGCUGAUUGCUGAUGACAACACGGUCAUAAUUGGCUCUGCCAACAUCAACGACCGCAGCAUGCUGGGCAAGCGGGACAGCGAAGUAGCCAUCAUUGUGCAGGACACUGAGACUGUGCCCUCGGUGAUGGAUGGGGAGGAGUACAGCGCUGGGCGAUUCGCCCUGUCCCUCCGGCUGCGCUGCUUCAGGGUUGUCCUCGGCGGCUCCGAUCUCAAUCCGGACCACCAGGAUCCCGUCUGUGAACGGUUCUUUAAGGAGGUGUGGAUCUCCACAGCAGCCCGCAAUGCCACCAUCUUCGAUAAGGUGUUCCGAUGCCUUCCCAGUGACCAGGUGAAUAAUUUAGCCCAGCUGCGUGAUUUCAUCAACAAACCAAUAUUAGCAAAUGAUGAUCCGGUGAAAGCAGCUGAAGAACUGAAAAAGAUUCGUGGGUUUCUGGUACAAUUCCCCUUCCGUUUCCUGGAGGAAGAGUACUUGCUUCCCUCUGUUGGAACAAAGGAGUCCAUGGUACCCAUGGAGGUUUGGACUUAAGGAGAUGCAGACUGCUUUACAUUUUAAAGUUUGGUUCUCUGGAGACAAGCUAAUGAACAAUAUGUGAUUUCUGAAAUCUGUUCAUUGCUAAGGGAAGCAAGAAAGAUCUCCACCAAGCUAAUGUGCCUUUCUCAAGGAUCUUGGUGGAGGAACUUCAAGCAAAUCGACACUAGAAAGGAGAGGAGCAGAAAGACUCGGAAUUCGUGACAAAUAAGAAGUUUCAACUCUGAGGAGUUACUUCUUAAGGCACAUUCUGAACACCUAGAGGAUGCAUGCCACUUCCUAGGAUAGGGAACAAAUCCUAACUGCUGUUGUUACUACUGCCAGCUGCGUGCUGUGGUUGCACAUGUGCUGUGGGAGCCUCCUCGGGCUCUGGGGCACCACGUGGUGGCUCAGCAGAGACCCUCACCUCAUUUUGGGCGACGUCAGAGCCCUUCGAGCAGCUCUGUCACUGCAGGAGGUGCUGCCCAACCAUCACUGCUUGCCAAGCAUGGAUGUUGCAUCUCUUAGUAGGAAACACACAAACAAUCUGUUGUUGGAAUCAGUAUUUUGGUCUCUUCUCCCCUCUAGGGGAGGAAAAAUACUGUUUUUCCUGUGGCUAGAGCAAUCAGCAUUCCUAUGUGCAACACGGUGCUGUGUGGGUGCUGGGAAAGGGCAGCCUCCGUGGAGCUGAAGGUGCUGGCAAUCGGCAGCUUUCUGUCCUUUACAGAAGUACAGCACAUCUCUUUGUUUAAAAGGCACAUGAAAGCUUUGUCCAAGUUUUAAACUAAAGCCUUAUGUCUCUGGAGCUGAAGGCAGAUGAGGCAGUGUGAUGGGGAACAGCUACUCCUUCAGCUUGGCUCAUGCAAGCUUACACUAUGCUCUGCCUACUUCACUCGUGCAAUUAUAUCACAUUCUAUAGGCAGACCUUUCCAUUCCUUUUUUGCUUCCUAUUUAAGAGGUUAAGGCUAUGAAGCCAGAGGCGGAGUGUUAGCAGGCUGUGCUCAGACUGAGCAGACACCUCACCCUGUGGAUGGGGUAAACACAAGGAAAUGGGAGAAUUCAGCAAAACCUAUUCUCUAAUCUUCUUUGUUAUUAGACCAGUUUUGAUCCUGAGCUCAGUUGUUCCGAACACAUCCUUCCAGGGAAAACUCCAUUCCCAAGCUAUUUUGCAUCUCACAGUGCAGCGAAGCAGCAAUUUGAUCUGACAUCCUUGAACAAAACAGUGCAGCUCCUGGGCUAGGAUAUGGCCUGGUAGGUGUCAGCCCAGUCUCUGUCCCACAACAAACUGUGUCCCCUAAUUUCAUGCCCAGCCCCAACUGCAGCCUUGGGAGAGGAGCUUCCUAUGCCAAACACUAAAAACAUGCUGCAGAAAACACACAGCAAGAGCUGCAGAAGUGGGAGACUGAGGUCCUGUGCUGCAUGAGGGCUGGGACUCAGUGAGGUGUGACCCGCAUUGCUCCGCAUGCCCAAAGCUGCUCAGUCAAAAGCCCAGGUGAUCUGUUUUCUAAUUUAGUUCAUUAGCAAGUUUCAUUUUACUUUUCUUAGCAGUUCCAACAAUCUCACCUGUUUUUAACUGGAAAAGAAUUACAGUGGUCAUCUGCCUAUUCCCAGCCAUGUGGCUGGCAUCACUUUCUAGCUGAUUGUUUGCUCUAUCUUCAGAACUGUAAAUAGGCACCAGGUCACUCUGCACAGCAUUGCUUGCACAAGAAGUGAACACCAACAUUCCCCAGGCAAAUCACAUUUCAGCCAUAUCCUGCAGUUCUCUCUGCUUUAUGCUCUCUUUGUAGAUGGAAUUGCAAAUUUCUCUGUUCUGUUUGGUGUACUCGUGGUCUGAUCAGCCAGGUGGAAGUGCAUGUGCAGUAGUUUCAUGAUAAUCUUUGGUCCAAGAGGUUGAUGCUUUUGGCUGGCAUGCUGCUAGCAGAUAACUCUGUUCUCUUGUUUUUAACCUUAAAAAAUCAACCUGGGUUUUCCCCCCGCCCCUCGCAGAGCCAGAGCAAGGUGCUAUGCAUCAACUGUUGGCAAUCAGAAGAGAUCAAAGGUGUCUUGUUAUCCUAUGUCAGUGCUGGUUCAGAGCUUUUAUCUCUUGAGAUGUUUUUAGCUGAUUUAGUUGGAACAAAGCUGCUAACUUCAAACAAUGACAGCCUGUCAGAGCCAUUGCAAGUCACAGAGAUUGGCAGUCAUAGUUGAAAAGGCUCAACCCCCACCGCCUGUAUGCAGGAACACUGAAGAAAUGUAAGGCUGUCAGCUUCCAAGUGCUCUUAUUGUCCCCAUUCUCUUAUUAGCAAAGAUAGUUAUAAUCAUUAAAUUAUAUUGUCUUUAAGUUGGAAGCAGACUAUUGGGGCUUCAUAGCUGUUGGUGUUAGUGGAAAACAGCUCUGCACACCUGAGCAGCAAUGUACACUCCACUCAUCUGCACCAUUGCUGGCCAUACCUGGGCUAUGUGGCUCUGCUCAGAGACAGCUGGAGCUUUAUUUCUUAUAUUAAGAACCCUGUGAGGUUGAAGACCUUAAGAUAGUCAAUAUCUGCAACUGAACAAUCACUACUUCUUAGGCCUUAGUACCAGAGCAGUUUGGCUUUUCAGACCUUCCAACUGCAAAGGAUUGCUCGCAGAUGUACAGUACUGUAACAUGGGAUGUGGGUUCAAGCGCUAGCAAGCCUGGAAACAUGCACUGUUUCUUGUGACAUUUGCUCAUUAGAACUGAACGAAAGGGGAGAGGUUUCUCCCAGGCUUAGGCUUUAUUUCGCAGUUUAACCAGGUAUGACAUUUAUUUUUUAUUUUUUAUUUUUAUUUAUUCCUUAAUAGAUGCCACUUUGGGAACUCACACUCCUUAUCAUAUCUUCAUGAUUUUUUUUUUUUAAUCUAAUAUUUAAAAAUGUAUGUAUAUUGUUGUAUGGAUGUUGGACUGGAUAAAUGUUUCACGGUAGAAUUGGCACAUGGUUUAAAAACUUGAAGGAUAAGAUGCCAUCGUAUGCUAAGAAUGUUGCUAACAGUAACAUCAGACACCCAGUGCUUUGGUUGCUGGUCUCAGCUUGCAGCUGGGAGGUACAGAUCUGUGCUCUGACUUGUCUGCAGCUGGCCAUUGUGUUCACAGAGGCACCAGGCUAGCAAGUCCUCAGCGUGGGUUUUUCCAGGCUGACAGCGAUGGUGCACAAUGCCGUUGUUCCUUAAAUCCACGCACAAUCAGACUCGGGCUUGGUGUGCUGUUAUCACUGCAGUGGUUUGCACUUGUUGCUAGAACUGCCGGGGGAUUUCAGUCUAUACCCAGCAGCUGUAUCUGUGGUCCAUGAGAAGAUAUCUGGAUGGCCCUUUAAGUGAAUGUUUUCUUUCUCCUGCCAAGGUGUGGAGACCGGUCCCACUGCCCUGCCCUGGUCCCCCAUUGCUGCUGCUCUGCACUGCCAGCAGAAGAGAUUCUGCGGGAGCUGUGGAUGUUUCAAUGCAUGCUCAUGUUUUGUGGCACUCAUUCUGCAAACGGUCCCCGGGAGGCACUCCCUGCUGCACCGCUGGGAUCCUGCUGGGAGCAGGAUGGGGGUGAAACCAGGAGCACUGCGCUGUGCCAGUGAAUCAAAUGGAACAUACACUGACUACAUCAGACCACUGAAUGCAGUGAUUCUGUAUGGGUUUUUCUAUUCCUGCCUGCUUUCUUGUUGUAUUUUCAUAUCUUUGAUUAUUCUGUUUUUAACCUCCGGCUGUUCUGUCCUCGAUGUAAAUAAUUCUGAUGUACUGACUUUUUCCUGACAGUCGGGAAAAGAGAAAAACAUUGUCAAAAGUCACAGGUCCUGGAAUGUUUUUUUCUGUAUCGUCUCUCUGGCGAAAGCUGUCCCCUAUGUGAGAGCUCCCACUGCGGGUUGAGCACAGGUCCCACACCCCUGCCUCCAUGAGCACCCACUAUCCCUUCUGUGAAGGCCGCUGGAACCCAGUUUGUACCCUCGUUUCUGCUGAUUAUUGCUUUCCUCUCCACUCUGUGUAUGGUAAAUGAAUGUGUAUUAAAGGACUGAAAAUACAACGGAGCAUGGCGUGCUGAAA